CUAAUCGUCGGCACGACUGUCAGUUUGCUACCUGCAGACUGCGAGACGUCCACAGCUUGUGUUAUAGACCAGGUCCUCUCGCAUCUGCAAACAUCCCGAGAAGGGUUUUAGAGGAGACCGCACCAUCGAUGGCGGCGGCGGCGGCUGGCGGCGCGCGGCGGGCCCUCGCGGCACUGCGCUCCGGUUCCCCGCCGACCCUCUCCGCGACGCUCUCCCGCCAGGCGGCGUCUCGGUCUACGGGUCUGGCGGCCGCGUCUCUUCCGCGCGCCUCUCGCCGGCGCCUCGCGAUCUCGAGGGUGCCGGUGGCGGCGCUCGGCGGCGUGCAGGGCUCGCUGAUGCCGAUGCACAGCGCCACGGCGUCGGCGCUGCUCACCUCCAUGCUCGGGCUUAAACCUGGCUCUUGGGGCUGGCUCUCCGAAGGAUUUGCUACGCCUCUAUAACAGGAAUGGUGCUUCGGUCACAAGAGACUGUUUUUUAGCCUUUCUACUAGAAGAUUCCAAUAAGACUUGUUACAUGCCUUGCGGAAUACACCCUUGGACUUUUGCUGAUGGAAUCUGUACUAAAAUUCGCAACCUAAAACUUAUGGUCUCAUGUGCUAGUUAUCUCAUUUUCCAUGAUAUCAAUCAAAUUAUCCAUGUUACAUGUUAUCUA